AUGGGCCACGAUGGGGUUGAUCAACAUGAUAACAUGGAUGAGAUGCUACUUGAACUAGGGGCUGCCCAACCACCAGUACAUGAUGAAGAGCCGACUCCUUCUGCUAGUGCUUUCUAUAGAAUGGUGGAUAGUGCUAAUGAGUCGGUCCAUGAAAACACAAUGCACUCUAAACUAUCUGCUAUUGCUCGUUUGCUUGCUCUAAAGUCAGAGUACAAUAUGUCAAUAGCGCACUAUGAUGAUACCUUGCAACUAAUCCAUGAACUUCUUCCUCCGGAAUCUAAUUUGGCUAGGGAUUUCUACCAUUCAAAGAAAUUAUUGCAGGGCCUAGGUAUGACAUAUAUUAAAAUUGAUGUCUGCUACAAUAAUUGCAUGUUGUACUAUAAGGAAAAUGAACAUAAAGAUAAGUGUGACUUUUGUAACACCCCUCGAUUUGAGGAUGGACAAAAUAAGGUCCCACGCAAAGUUUUGCGCUACCUCCCCAUAGCUGAUAGGCUGCAAAGGCUUUAUGCACAUGAGGACACUGCAAAGGCUAUGCAAUCACAUAAAAAAUCCACGACUAGUAAGUUGGUGCACCCUUGUGAUGGUGAAGCAUGGCAGCAAUUUGACAUAGAUUUUCCGGACUUUGGUAGAGAUCCAAGAAAUGUUCGACUUGUUAUUUCAACCGAUGGCUUCACACCUUUCAAUAUUAUUGUUGCUUCGUACUCUUGUUGGCCAGUUUUUAUUUCUCCACUAAAUUUGCCCCGUGGAAUACUCUUGAGAGCAGAAUAUAUAUUCCUUGCACUAGUUAUCUCCGGUCCUGAACACCCAGGGAAAAAGUUGAGUAUUCUUAUGCAACCGUUAGUUGAUGAUCUUCUCAAGUUGUGGGAGGGGGUUGAAACAUGGGAUGCUACACGCAAGGAAAGAUUUAACAUGAGAGUAGCCUUUUUGUGGUCUGUCCAUGAUUGUCCUGCUUAUGGAAAUUUUGCUGCCUGGAGCACCCAUGGCGUUUUUUUUCCUAGAGACCAUGAGUUUAGAUUUCAAUCCAACGCAUUUCGAAAGAAUACCAUAGUAUUGGAUGAAGCACCAAGGAUUUUAACAGGAGAGGAACUUCCAUACUUUCAUAAAUUACUCCUCCCACACAAUAUUGAUGUCAUGCACAAUGAGAAAAAUGUAGCCGAAGCUAUAUGGAACACAUGCUUUAAUAUACCUAAUAAUUCAAAGGACAAUGUGAAGGCAAGACAGGAUAUACUUGACAUUUGCAACCGCCCGUCAUUGCACUUGGAGUUGAAGGGCAAUGGCAAGUGGCACAAGCCAAGGGCAACUUUCUGCAUUGAUAGGAAUGACAAAAAAAUCAUUCUAAAGUGGUUUCAAGAUCUAAAAUUCCCUAAUGGAUAUGCAGCCAACAUUAGAAGAGGGGUCAACUUAUUGAGAAGGAGGGUUUUUGGCCUAAAAAGUCAUGACUACCACAUAUUUAUUGAGAGAUUGCUUCCUGUAGCUUUUCGUGGAUUCCUUCCUGAAAAUAUAUGGGUUUGUUUGGCUGAGCUUAGUUUUUUCUAUAGACAAUUAUGUGCUAAAGAACUAAGCAAGGAUGUCGUGCAAUCUCUUGAACAGAACAUUGCUGUUCUUCUGUGCAAACUAGAGAAUAUAUUCCCACCAGGAUUUUUCAAUCUGAUGCAACAUCUAAUUGUACAUCUACCUCGUGAGGCACGCCUUGGUGGUCCUGUUCUAGCCCGUUGGAUGUAUCCAUAUGAGAGACAAUUUGAUAAGGAACAAUGGAAGAGUAGAAUUGCACCUACAGAUAAGCAACAUCGUGACCUAAGAUUAAAUGGUUGGAAAUAUUACCGUGGGACCAGACAUGGACCUAAUUUCUUUGAUUGGUUCAAAAAACAAUGCAUGAUAAAGUCUAGUAUUGACAGUACCUUGUGGCAUAUUUCUUAUGGAUUUUCUAAAAGAGUAACCUCUUAUGGAUGCUAUGAUGUGAAUGGAUGUAGAUUUCGUUCGGAGAAGUAUGAGAGUGCAAAACCAGGAUUAAGUACUAUCAAUACUGGUGUUUGUAUGUCUUGCGUCGAUGAUGAUGACAAUGUUAUUGACUACUUUGGUGUCAUCGAGGACAUCAUCAAAAUUACUUGGGAAGGCAGCAUGAACCUAGAGUUGGUUUUGUUUGAUUGCCGUUGGUUUGAUCCAACACCGGAAGGUGUUAGGCGCACUGAAAAUUUAGGUUUGGUUGAAGUUAAGCACACAUCUAGGCUUUCAAACUUUGAAUCAUUUGUUCUUGCAAGUCAAAUCAUGAACAACCUUCGUCAUCGGGCUCUUGCCUCAAAGAAGCGUCCAGACAGUCAUUCCUCUAGUACUAGCAACACUAAUGGUGCAAGCUCACAAAGGAGUGUGCCUUCUACGAAUGGCACUCAAGUGAACCCUGCUAACUCUACUGCUGAAGGUCAGAACCAUGAAAGUCACCGUGUUACUGGUACGCAAGAUAGACAACCUCCUGCACAAAGGGGACGAAAGGAGAGGUCAGGGACCAACCUUGCUGUACCUCGACGGGGUCGGAAGGUGGGCCUUAUACCUAGGGGUGAAAUGCAAUUCAAGUAUGUGAAUUAUCAAGCUGCAGAGUACAAGUACACCACACAACUUGGUGUUAUUUUGAAACGUGAAUACCCAGGCACUGUGGAGGACCUUGACAAUGAUGGUAGGAUCAUUCGGAGCCGUCCUGCACUCCAUUGGGCAGAUUAUUACUUGAAGAGAAGAGAGGGAGAUGGAGAGACUUGUGCAGAUCGAGUGAUCAAUGAAUUUUGGCGUUUGUUUACUAGAAGAGAAGAACUGAAGGAUGCUGCAGACCGUGUCCUAGAAAACUAUGCAUAUAAGCGCGUCAAUGAUAUGAUGUAUCAACACGAAUGA